AAAACCUUCCCGCACAAAGCUCGUCGCUUCUUCUUCAGAAUCUCUGGACUUUUUGAACUUUGAGACGUUCACGACCCUCGACGACUGAGAAGCCAGGUUUCAAUGCCGCCACACACCGACUGCACAAGUAAUGAAGCGGAGCAUGUUUCGUUCCUCAAUGAACAGGGUGAUGCUAAUAAUGUGGGGUCAUCACCCAAUAAUGUCCAAAUACAAAUGACUCAUGAUGACGUCCGUCAGCCGCGCUGCAUGAAGAUGAAGAUGAGAAGUUCGACCGCUCGCUCUUCACCGUUCCACGACAUUUUAACGGAAGCUUCCAGAUAUCUUCCCAGCCCGUCUCUAAUGAAACUCAAGUUCUCGUGGAUCUACAAGACAAGCUGUCGGACCUCUACAAAUCCUCCCCGGCUCUGGGAAGAUACUUCUCCCAAGCCCACACGUUCCCUUUCAGGAACGAGUCUGCGGUGGUUCUGUACCAGCUGACGUUCGUCCUGCCGGAGGAGCAGCAGGAGGAGCUGAGGAACUUCACUCUGAGCCUGGAGGUGGUGCGCAACGUGCUCAGGCAGUUCCUGUACGACCAGGAUCCCGGGGACUCCGGGUCGGCCUUCAUCGACCCAGCUUCCCUGAAAAUGUCCUGAAAGUGUUGAGAAACAAACCGGAGCUCCUCUGUGACGGGGGAAAUACAGCGGGUAAAAUAAGUAGUGAACACGUCACCAUUUUUCUCAGUAAAUAUAUAACUAAUGACAUGAA